AAAAGCUUUUAGUCUAAUUUCUGAGAUUGCUUGAGAAACACGUGUGUCUAGCGGAAAAUGCGCUUUUUGUGGUUAUUUGCCAUUUGGCAUGUUACAAAGGCAACAGACAACAAUAUUCUGAUGAAGGAUUAUUUGGAUCCCAACGAUGUUGUGGACCAUUCUAUUCUGUGGAAGCAUCUGUUUAUAAAACUAAAUACCGUAUUGAGCAAAACUGAGGCAUUGGGGCAAGAAAUUGCCGAUAUCAUUAAAAGGCAAAAUGACAUAGAGACUCGCCUUUCAGAACUUUCGUUGAAUCUUGAUAAGAAUUUCAAGAAUAAUGAAAAGGAAAAUCUGAAUGCAGUUCAAAACCAAGAGGCUAUAUUAAGUCAGUGGACAACAAUAAUGCGUCGCCAAGAUGGCACUGUUCAAUUUAACCGCAAAUGGGAGGAGUACAAAAAUGGAUUUGGCAAUCCAGAUGGUGAUUUUUUCAUUGGCCUCGAUAUGCUGCAUGCUUUGACUAAUGUCAGUCGAUCACAAGAGCUUUUGGUAGUUUUGACAGAUUUCGAUGGUGAAACUCGUUAUGCUCGCUAUAGUGCCUUUCGCAUAGGUAAUGAGGAUGAACGAUAUGCCAUAAACGAAUUGGGGACAUAUAGCGGUGAUGCCGGUGAUGGCAUGGGUUGGCAUAGAGGCAAAAAGUUCUCCACUUUGGAUAGAGACAAUAACAGUGGCAAUAAGCGUGAUUGUCCGGAUACUUUUAAGGGAGGUUGGUGGUUCCAUGAUCCUUGUUACAGCGGCCAUUUGCAUGGUCCCUAUCGACAAAAAUCGGAAGCCAAAACAUGGGGUGUUAGUUGGCAUCCUUGGAGAGGUUGGAAUUAUUCCGUGAAAUAUGCUGCUAUGAUGAUAAGGCCUAUAAUGUGAUAAUUUAAGAAAGGAGAAAUCUAUUUUCUAGGAAUUUUCAAGGAAACUUUGUAUUUAGAGGAUAUUUUAUGGUAUUCUGGUCUACUGUAUAAAAUUCAUGGAAAUUUGAUGAACAUAUUGCCUGUAAAGAAAAUUUUAUAGAAUAUUAAAGGAGUAUUGUGGACUGUGUGUAUUGCCAUGUCCAAGAUAUUUAACGAACAAAA